AUGGAUAAAACUUCUAAAAUAUCUGGUUCAUUAUCAAAAAACAAGAAAAUAACUGUUGCAUUAUCACCAAAAUUAUUUGCAUUUGGUGGUGGAACGAAACCUGUUUCUCAGUUAUUAUUUAAUAAAUAUGAUACAGAUAAAAAUGGUGUUAUAUCAAUGGAUGAACUUCGUUUUCUUUGUUAUGAUAUGGGAUAUUUUUUAUCUAAUACUCAACUUGAUUGGGCACGUACAUUUAUUGAUAAAGAUGGAAGUGGUGGAAUAAAUUAUAAAGAAUUUUCAUCAUGGUGGCAAAAUUCUUCACGUUUUGAGCAUCUUUUAUUAUCAGAUGAACAAUUUAAUAAAUUACAACAAAUAACUCAAUUAUAUCGAUCUUAUGAUAAAAAAAAUCAAGGACAACUUGAUAAAAAACAAUUUAAAGAACUUUUUCAAGAAUUAGUUAGAAAAAAGAUAAUGGAAGAAAAUCAAGCUAAUCAAUUUGAUGAAAUUGAUCGAAGUCAAGAUGGAAAAAUAAAUUUUAAUGAAUUUGUUGCUUGGUUUUAUGAUCAAGGAGUUUUAGAAAAAAUGGGAAUUUUAACUCAAAAGAAAGAUCAACAAGAAAAUUAA